CGAAGCAGGAAAUUAAACUCAACCAGAACCUGUCUAUGACAGCUUUUGUUUUCGAUUUCGUGACCAAACUGCAGGUGUGUCCGAGUUUUACCUGCUAGUUUAGCAGAUAUGGGUGAUUUCCCUGUAAACCCGCUGGUUUUGGUUGGUGUCGGGUCCAGCUUUGCCUUCUCUGGCCUUUUCUAUCAUCUAUACCAAGAAAAGAAAAAAGAAUUGGAAAAGCUGAAGGAAAUACCCAUUUUCAAGCCAGAUCAACAUUUGGUCCGAGUACUAAGAGCAUCUCCCCACAAGCGACUUCAGUAUGUUGCUGUAGAAGGUCUGGUCCAGGCGGAUGGGGAGCCUCUGGCCAGCCAGUUUGUCCCACGAUGCUUUGGUGUGAUUCAGAAGAUCGCAGUUGAGGAGCACAGGAAAUACUGGAACUCCAUCACCAAGACAUGGAAUUCUCGGACAAUGAACAGAAAAGAAACCAACAACUCUGUGCCUUUCAGUCUGGUCAGCCCUGGAGCCUACAUCACUGACUUGUAUGUGAAGAUUCAAAACCCUCUGGAGGCCUCGGGGUGCUACCUGGAUAGGGUUUAUUUCAAAGUAAGACGUGCUGAAGAGGGCUUGGGGAACUUGGUGAUGCAUGGCCUCAGCGGGGAGAAACCAGUGGCGAUGGAGGAGAGUGAGGAGCUGCUGCGUGUGGGGAGCACCCUGACUGGUUUCGGUGAGGUGGUGCUGGAGGGGGGCCAGGUGAUGAGGCUGCAGGCCCCGCAGGACGGCCGCAAGUUCAUCCUGGUGCCCACUGACUACAGGAGCUUCAUGGACAGGCACGAGAGAUCAGCCAGCAUGUGGAAGACGCUGACUGCUGUUACUGGCAUCACAGGGGCUUCGCUUCUAGCCAAGGCCAUUUACUGCUUGGUGGGAAAACAGGAUGACAGGUCAAAGUAGGCUUGGAGACGUGGCUACUGCAGGGUUAACGGCCUUAAAAAAGCUGUGUCACAGUUUUUUGGGCGCCCCAUUACUGCUGCCGGUGUUUUACUUUAGAUUCCAUGGCACUAUCCUGAUGCUAACAUAAUUUGUCACUUGCCAUAUUGCAAGGUUAUAAAGCUGUGAGGGGCACAACAAUAUUGGAUGAGACAUUAGACAAAGCACAACAUUUUAGAAAGACGAUAACAAAUUAGAAAAUACGAAAACAAACAAAAACUUUACAAAAAAGAAAAGGUAGCAAAAACAAUUUUAGUUUGCAAUUAGACAAAACCCAAGUCAAUUAUGUAUUUUCUAAACUGUUGUGUUCUCUGUUAUUGUUAAAUAUUUAAUUGAAUUGUUUCUUACUGAAUGGACCACUCAAACAAAAGAUGUUUAAUCACUGUGUGUGUGUGUGUGUGUGUCUGUGUGUGUGUCCGUCCGUCCUAGACCUCAGUCUGAUGAAGACAAUAAUUAGGUCUGUAGGCCUAAAAGAGUUUGUGCUGUAGGUGACUGGGGCCUUGGUACAAGAUAAAGACAAGUACAAAUGAGCUUGAAACCUGAUGUUGCCUCUAAGCUACAGUAUCUCUAAUUUAUUUAGCAGUCAUUGGGCCAUAAUUAGUAUAAGCAUUGCAAUUGAUAAAACACCUGAGGAGCAGGCAUUCAAUGCAGGAUUUUGGAAAUUCAAAGCUACUUUGUAAAGGGAACAUUUUAUUUUUGUAAUGAAAAUGUUUUUUUUUUUUUUUAUUUGUAUUUUAGAUCAUAUCAGUCAGUUUAAAUGGGUUAUGUUUUGUUAUCAUUUAUUUUCACAAUCUUUUACUUUCACGAUUUUAACUGUGAACCUGAUCAAAGAAAUUUGUGAUAUCUUGUCACCGCCAGUCCAACUUUCUGGUCAUGUCCAACAGGAUGGAAUUAAAAUCCAAUCUUAAAGAGAUUUGUACAGAAUCUAUUUAGCAGAAUAAUCUUCUACCUCCUAGUUAAUUGUUUUUACUGUAUUGUUUUAUGACCUGCAUUCACUGUUCAGUAUGUAGACAAAAAAAAUUAACACUAAACACUGUACACAAUCUUAUUUUUUUCAAAGUGAUACAAUGUCUUUGUAUUUAAUAAAUCACUUUUUAAAACCUUAAA